GCCCUAAGAAUGACGGGUUUAAACAAAUGGCCCCCUCCCCAGCAGCAGCCUCCCUACCUGCACCACCUCCUCCACCAGCCUCUCACCCAACCCUGUACACCCCUGCAGCUCCCAGCCUGCCGCCCAGAAAUGUCAAGACCAGCUCUGGAACAAUAAAUCCAGACACUGAAGAAAAUUAUGAUGAUGUUGAAUUUCUUUUACAGGGUAGGAUGGGUCCUGGAAAUAAAGAUGGGAAGGAACAAAAGGAAAAAGAAAAGAAAGAGCAGGAAAUAAGGAAGAAGUUCAAAUUAACAGGACCCAUCCAAGUCCUUCAUCAGGCACGGGCUUGUGUUGACAGCAAAGGAGGAAAGAAUGAACUGACUGUCAAGCAGGGGGAUCAAAUUGAAAUCAUUCGCCUGACAGACAACCCAGAAGGAAAGUGGCUGGGCAGGAUAAAAGGAUGUUAUGGAUACAUUAAAACAACUGUAGUGGAAAUUGAUUAUGAUUCUUUAAAAACAAAGCAACAAGCUGUUGCGAAACAACCAGAGAUUGACCAAGAAGUAUAUGAUGAUGUUGGAGAGCAGGACAGUAUUAGCAGUCAGAGUGGUGGUCGAAAUGGAGAUGGAAAGAUGUUCCCUCCUCCUCCUUCCGAUCAAGAAAUUUACGAUGGAGUUGAUGACACAGAUGCUGUUUCUAGGUCUGUAUCACAGGAUGAAGAUAAGAAUGAUAUCUGGUCCUGGGGAAUCUUGAAGAAGCUAAGGGUCAAGGAUGACAAAAAGAAAAGUGUACGAGAAAAAACAGCCAAAGUCAAUGGGGCAGAAGAUAAUGGAGAUUUGUUCAGUUCUCCUUCAACAAAGCAGUUCGGAAAAGAUUGUGGAGACAGUGAUGUUUAUGAUGAUGUAGAUUCCUCAGACUUCCCUCCUCCACCACCUGAGUUCAAGCAAGUGAAAAUUACUAUUCUGAUUAAAAAUCUUUAGUACGCUCUGAUAUAUUUUCAAAGUAUUCAGUAUAAGUGGACUGUAUGCUUUAUGUGGUGGUAUCAAGUCUAAUAGUUGUUAUAACCCUGCUGUUGGCAAUGACCUACAUUACAUGUUGAAACA